AUGCGUUACACUCAUUUGGUGGCAGCAUUGACUGCUGCUCAUAUUACAGCUGCAAAACCAGUUGCAAAACUGCCUGGUGAGGACGGUAUUAACGAUAUCGAUAAUAAUAUUCCCGACUCCACGGGCCCGCCUAGCGGUGGCUCAAAUGGCCAGCCUCUUAAGAAUCCGCAUAAUAAUCUUGGGGCUGGAGCCAGUACAGUUCCGUAUUCUGACGGGUUGACCCUGGGUCAAGGGUACAACACCUACCUGCAGGAGGGCUGCAUGAAUGGUGCAGUAGACGUAACGGGCCCUACUAACGCACCCGGUCAAGUCCAGAUUGAGUAUCAAGCGACUCAAAUUACUGAAUAUUCGCAAAUUAUCAAGGAGCUUGGGAUUAGCGCUAGUCUCGGUAUCCAGUACCUUGAUGAUAGUGUAGAAGUCUCCGGCAAAAUGCUGGAUAAGUCUACUUUCGAGAAUAGCGCUCUUACAUAUAUUGUAAGAGCGGACGUCAAACGACAGCCGUCUUCCGAUCUCAAGUACAAAUUCAUGUGGAACGAGGCUAAAAAUCCGACUGAGCGAUACUAUUUCGUGGAAGGAGGUGCGCUUUUUGCUCAGGUAUCCAUUCAAUCUACCGAGUCAUCCAAGAAACACGAACUUGAGGCAAAGGCCAAGGUAGCUUUUGGCAUGUUUGGAGUCGGUGUUACCGUUAGUACAGAAAUGAAGCAGGCCUCUGAGUUUCUUUCGAAGAACUCAAAAGUCAUUUCGGAAAUGUUUUGGGUCGGCGCGCCUCCUAAAGAUACCAAGUCUGGCGUUCUUGGAGAGAUCAAAGCCUUGCAGUCAGGCGACGCUAGUCUCCUUGAUAUCAAGAGCAUAUCUGAUAAGUUUAUUGCAGAAGCUGGGGAACAUCAGUGGAAGCGAUACAUGCAGCGAAUGCUCAAGACUAUCAAAUUGCCCGAAUCUCUCCAGCAAAAGCAGGUAGAGCUACGGAACGCCAUUAUCAAGGCUAAAGAUGGAGUCAAGACAUGGAUUACCAAUGUUUCAAAAGACCCAAGUAAGGCUGCAUCCAAGCCUUCUUACCAAUCUCCGGAUGCGUUUCUUGGAACUGUAAUGGACGCCUUCUCUACUACAUAUAUUGUGCAAAAUAUAGAGUAUGACUGGACAAAACCAGAGUACAAAGACCAUCCCAAGAACAGCACUCUUAUCGAUGAUAAAUUACGCACAGAUAUUGGCAAGACAACGCCUGUAUUCAACAUUCAAGGCGUCCCAUUCCCUGGCGUUACUGGUACCAGCAAGUUAACAUUUGGACACCAAGAUGGUGAGCCCUGGUGGAAUAUAAUCGCUGAUGGAACUUUGCCUACAAAUUAUAAGGAGCAAAGCCAUGUGUGGCUUUUAACAAAGAAGACACCAACUUACUCUCAGCCUAUCUAUGUCUACGAAGUUCUUGAUAAACCAAAUUACUGGUGGAACAGGAUUGAUGUCAAUAAAGCUUUACCAUCGAGCCCCACGAACAUUGGCCUUAAUCUUAGGUUCUUCACCAAAGCAGAAUAA